UAGUUACAGUCAGAGAGAGAGAGAGACGCUCCUCCCCUGCAGGCUGCUCAGCUGAAGCGCGUCUCUCCAUCCUCAGCAGCAGAUCCCGCUCCAUGGGGACACACUGCUGAUCACUGUCAGUGCUGGCUCUACUGGUGCUUGUUUUCAGGAGUUUGCGGCACUGAAAAAUUUUCACCAGAGUGGAAUAUAAAACAUCAGAGGUCAAUGGAUUAGUAAUAAGCUUGUUGGAUUAUUGUAAUUAUUGGAUGUUCAUGAGGACUCUGUCCAUGUCUUCUGUGGGAUGAUGGCUCUGGCAGUCUCCGUCAUUCCACUUCUUGGCAUUAUUAUGGAAAUCAGUUGUGUUGCUGCCAUUGAACUGCGGUUUAUGCCUGAUCCACCAACACUGAACAUCUAUGGCAUCCACAGGAUGAACAAAUCUGACAACCUUGAACUCACAUGCAGAGGUCGCCAGUACUUGAGGUGGACGACUCCUCCUACAAGCACUCGCUUCUCCACCAGUGACUGCAGUGGAUCAGGACUCUUCUGCACAAGACUGGAGAUCUACAAUGCAACUGCCAAUGAAACUGGACAGUAUCGCUGCUCCUACAGAGACCUUAAAGUUGAAGAUGGCAAGACUUCAGUAGCUGCAUACGUGUUUGUGCAUGAUUACAAGGUGCCAUUUGUGCCGUCUGAGAAAGAAUAUGAGGUGGUGUUCAUCCGUGAAGGAGAGCGGGUGGUCAUACCGUGCCGAGGCUCUAUGGAGAAUCUCAACGUUACGCUCCACACUAAGUAUCCAAAUAAGGAGCUUCAUCCCGAUGGGAAGGAUUCUCUGUGGGAUGCCAGGACGGGUUUCACUGUUCCCAGUUAUCUGAUCAGCUACGCCGGUGUCGUGUCCUGCCAGACUCGUAUUGGGAAUGAGACAUUUAAGUCCCCUCUCUACAUUGUCGCUGUUGUCGGAUACAAGAUCUAUGACCUCACCCUGAACCCCACACAAGUCAGGCUGUCUGUGGGGGAGCGGCUGGUGCUCAGCUGCACUGCCCACACUGAGCUCAAUGUGGCCAUGGAGUUUAACUGGACACACUCUGGCCAGGCCCUGACCUCAGUGAAUGGUUCGAGGCUGACCUACGCGACACCCCACAAGAAGAAGCUGUGGGACUCUCUGGAGCUGUCCAACACACUCAUAGUGGAGAAUGUGACGGUCGAUCACACAGGAGAAUACACCUGCACUGCAUUCAGUGGGCAGAUGGAGAAAAAAGCCUCAGCAUUUCUUACAGUUUAUGAAAAGCCUUUCAUUGAUAUGAAAGAGCCAUGGACGAAGGUUUGGGAGGCAAAUGUGGGAGAUCAGACAUCUACUGUCAUUCCUGUCAAGUACUCAGCAUAUCCUGAACCCAGCAUUAAAUGGUUAAAAAACGGCUUUCCACUGAGGGAUGACUACAGGAUCAGACAGAGAGGUGAUGCCCUCGUCAUCCGUGGAGUCACAGAAAUGGAUGCAGGAAAUUACACAAUGGUCCUGACCAAUAAGAUCACUAAAGAGGAGCAGAGACGCUCCUUCCAGCUGCUGGUCAAUGUUCCUCCUCAUAUCAUUGAGAAGGAGGUGGCUAUGGACACUGAUGUAUACCCAUAUGGCAGCAGCCCCACCCUAAGGUGCACCGCCCGUGGAUUUCCCACACCAGCACACAUCCAGUGGCAGUGGAUGUCUAAAGAGGAUUGUCCGAAUGCCUUCCCGUCAGGUCUGAUGAAGUCUGAGGUCCAGCUAGCGGCCUGUAAAGGUUGGAGAGAUAUCAGCAAUAGCACUGGUCACAACCCUAUAGAGCGGAUUUUCACCGACACAGAUCAUGCCCAAAAGAAAAUCAUGAGCUCUUUGAAGAUUCAGAAAGCCGAGGCUCAUGCUCUCUACAGAUGCCUGGCUGCUAACAAAGUAGGAGAGGAUUCACGCAUCAUCUUUUUCCAUGUGACACGUGGCCUUGAGCUGAGUGUGUCUCCAUCCAAUGAGCCGUUGGAAGAAGACGAUGUGGUCCUGCGGUGUAAGGCAGACAGGCUGAUCUACAACAACCUUGCUUGGUUCCAUGUGAACAACAUCUCAGAGUCGGAGCAGAUCGCGUCAGUGCAGUCCUGUCGCUCCGUGCCGCCGCAGUGGAAGCCCCUGUCGCACGUCAAGUCGUCCAGUGUGCGGGGCACCAACGUAACCCUGGACCUGCCGCUGCCCAACGCAUCCCGACAGGAUGAGGGUCUGUAUGCCUGUCAGGUGGAAAACAUCAAGACUGGGGAGAGAACCUGCCUGCUACGCCGUCUUUCUCUCAGAGGUCUUGAGGCUGCAAGGAUCCUUAACAAUUUAACCGACCAAAAGGCUAACGUGAGUGCAACGAUCACUCUCCUCUGUAAUGCCACUGGGACGCCAAACCCAACGGUGGUGUGGACCAAAAACAACCACACUGUGGUGGAGGGCUCAGGUGUGAUUCUGAGCCAGCGCAACCAUGAUUUGACUAUUCAGCGUGUGAAGAAGGAGGACAGUGGUCUGUACACCUGCACUGCAUGUAACAGUCGUGGCUGUGACACCUCACAGGCCUUUUUGACUACUGAAGGUGCAGAGGAAAAAACUAAUGUGGAGCUGAUUGUUCCUAUUGGGUCAGUGGUCAUCGCCAUGUUUUUCUGGCUACUGAUCGUCUUUGUCAUCCGUGGAAGAAAGAGACCAAAUGGUGGGGAUCUGAAGACGGGCUACCUGUCCAUGAUCCUGGACUCAGAGGACAUGCCCAUGGAUGAGCAGUGUGAAAGGCUCACCUAUGAUGCUAACAAAUGGGAGUUCCCUCGGGACAGGCUGAAGCUAGGUGAACCACUGGGACGAGGAGCAUUUGGUCAGGUUGUAGAAGCAGCCGCCUUUGGCAUCGAGAAAGCCACCACAUGCACCACUGUUGCAGUCAAGAUGCUUAAGGAGGGAGCCACGUCGAGUGAAUACCGUGCCUUGAUGUCAGAGCUGAAAAUCCUCAUCCAUAUUGGACAUCAUCUCAAUGUUGUUAACCUGCUGGGAGCCUGUACAAAGCCUGGGGGGCCACUGAUGGUGAUUGUAGAGUACUGUAAACAUGGAAACCUCUCCAGCUACCUAAAGAGCAAGCGCGGAGAGUACAGUCCCUACAAGAGGAAGCGAGUGGAUAGCCAAAAGUGGGCAUCUGGAGAGGAGGAUGUGACUGAAGGGGAUCUGGGUCUGGGGAAGAUUGCCCAGCUGGACAUCUGCACAGGAACGGCUGUCUGCUCCAGAGCUGGAGACAAGGCUUCAGGCAGCAGUGUGGACACUCAGGAAGAGAGCUCAGACCAUGACCAUCUGACCAUGGAGGACCUGAUAUGCUACAGCUUCCAGGUGGCCAAAGGCAUGGAGUUUCUGUCCUCUCGCAAGUGUAUCCACAGGGAUCUAGCAGCCAGGAACAUCCUGCUUUCAGAGAACAAUGUGGUGAAGAUCUGCGACUUCGGCCUCGCUAGAGAUGUCUACAAAGACCCUGACUAUGUCCGCAAAGGCGAUGCUCGUCUGCCUCUGAAGUGGAUGGCUCCUGAGACCAUCUUCGACCGGGUGUACACCACACAAAGUGAUGUUUGGUCCUUUGGGGUCCUUCUCUGGGAGAUCUUUUCCUUGGGGGCUUCUCCCUAUCCGGGUGUUUGCAUCGAUGAGUCUUUCUGUAGGAGGCUUAAGGAAGGCACCAGGAUGAGACCUCCAGAGUACGCCACCACUGAGAUAUACCAGACCAUGUUGGACUGUUGGCUGGAUCGACCCACAGACAGGCCAACAUUUGCAGAACUGGUUGAACAUCUGGGCAACCUGCUACAGGCCAGUGCUCAACAGGAUGGGAAGGACUACAUCCCUCUAACAGCAGGUAAUGAGACAGAGGCAUCUCCAGUGACCCCUGAGCCCAGGAGCCCCUACAGCACGCCCCAAAGUGGAGAAAUCCUGGAAGCUCAGCUUCACUAUGACAACGCACCAUCCCUGGGAGCGUCCCAGCAGAGUGAAAGGUGCAGCAGGCCCCUAAGUGUGAAGACGUUUGAGGACAUCCCUGUGGAGCACAGCAGCGUCAUGGAGGGUCACACAGACAGUGGUAUGUGCUUUUCACCAGAGGAGGUAAAGGGUUUGAAUCAGCUGCCAACUACGCCUAACUUCAGCCAGCUGCUGCGCUGUAAGAGCAAAGAGUCUGUGGCAUCAGAGUCGUCCAAUCAGACGAGCGGAUACCAGUCAGGGUACCAUUCUGACGACACAGACACCCCGAUCUACGCUAACGAGGAGGUGAUAAUGAAGCACAACAUGCUGAAGAAGCCUCCGCUGCCCAAGACGCCAGACAAGUUCAACGUGGAGAUCCGUUACAGCACGCCACCUGUCUGACCCCAGAUAUUCCCCCAACCCUUAACCCUGAGUCAUCUCACUGUACAGUAUUUGUUUACCUUCCACAGGUGUCACACUUUAGGAACAAUCGCAAAAGAGCUCUGUUCACUGUGACGUUGAGAUAUUUUUAUAACUUAAUAAAUCAGCUGGGGAAAAUGAAGGUUGUAUGAUAAGUGUGUAAGCUCUCUUUGGACAGCCGGAGGAAUGCUAUCAUGUUUACACAGCAUGUGAAGGCCUGCGGAGCCGAGACAUGAGGGCACGCCUACUUCCUGAGGCGCAAAUCCACCCGCUUCCUCUAUUGCAGGAAAUGGCAUCUGGAAUUUUUAGAUAAUUGAAUCAGCAAAUGUUUUCUUUCUUUCUUUCUUUCUUUUCAUUCCCUCUCUCUCUCUCUCUCUCUCUAUUUUUUAUAUUGUGUUGGCACACUGAAUGCCCAGUAAAGAGGAAGUUCUCUCAGAUCAAUCUGAACAAUGUUUCUAGAGUCACAUUUGUACAGUUCCUUUAUUCAUAUGACUUACUGUAUUUUAUUGAAAAUGUAUUGACUAAACCUGCAAUAAAUGUAAGUAGUUUUAUAAAAUAAAAAUACUCACAGAUUAA